UAUUGAUGAGCUCAUGUGCUGCAUAAAAGAAACCCAUUUUAUUUACUUUUUGACUGGUCUUUUAUUUUUAUAACGAACAAACACAAACACAAUUCAAAUUCGGAAUUAGCAAUGUCGGCUGCACUAGGCCGCAUUCUCUGCAAUAAUGCUAGAACAUGGAGUACAUUCUAUAGAACUUGUCCUAGGACAAUACGGUCAAUACCACGACGUGCGGGCGCCUCCUUUCUUACGACCCACGCUCGCCCUGCGUCUGGAGUAAACACGCAAACGCAAAGUUCGGCAGCAGCAGUGGCACCACGACUACUCAAUGAUAACCUAGCAGCAGCAUUGAUGACCACAACGACACCAUCACUCCGUGAGUUGUUCGAUAGUCCAGCAGUGUCAAGUUCACGGUCCAAACAUGCCUCAGCCUCUGCACCAGAGGGCUUGUUUUUGUAUCCGAAUUUGAAAACACCUCAAACUUUUUUGGAUUCAGUGAAUGCAGCGAUUGCGCGAGGUCAUUUGUUAGUGGAGAGGAUUGCAAAUGCACCUGAACGAGGUGAACAUGAGAUGCGAAAGGUGAUCAAGUUAUUCGACCGACUGAGUGACGUGCUCUGUAAGGUGAUUGAUGCAGCAGAGGUAGUACGGUGUCUCCACCCUGAUAAUGCAUGGCGUCAAGGAGCAGAGACUGUCUAUGAGGAACUCUUUUCAUGGAUGAAUACCCUCAACACGGAUCCAAGACUAUACAAUGUUCUCCAUAAAGUUUUGAAUACCCCAAGCAUCGCAGAAGGACUUUCGGAGGCAGAACGACAGGUGGCGGUUGUGUUUCUACGCGAUUUUGAAAAGUCCGGUAUUCAUCUUUCGGAUGCAAAGCGUGCACAAUUUGUUUUGCUCUCGGAUAAGAUUGUAGGGUUAGGCAGGGAUUUCAUGCAGAAUUCAUCGACACCUGGUCCAGGACCGGCUUUUAUCCCCGUCAGUCCACCUUCGCGUCUCCAGGGACUUGCACCGAGUUAUAUUCAACGGAUCACGAGGACGAAUAAACAUGGCGAAAAAGUGGCCAUCGUGCCAACCACAGGAUGGGAAUCACAGAUGGUGUUGAAGCAUGUGGAGGAUGAGAAAGUCCGUCGAGACAUGUAUGUGGCUAGUAUGGCGGAGGAUAAGGCCAAAGUGGCCGUCUUGGAUGAUUUACUGACGACACGAUAUCAAUUGGCACAACUAGUGGGCUUACCCAGUUAUGGACAUAUGUUUCUAGGUGACAAAAUGGUUAAAAACCCUGAGAACGUGAGUGCAUUCUUGCAGACGUUGCGCAAAAGUCACCAAGCAGAGGUGGAUGGAGAAUUGAUGAUGUUGGAAAAGGCGAAGAAGAUGCAUACAAAGGAUAAAGAUGCUAAGCUGAUGGCAUGGGACAGGGAUUUCUAUAUUCGUUUGGUGAGCAGCAGGACGAAUACAAUGCCUCAUGGAGACCCUAUCUCAGCUUAUUUUUCAGUAGGAACAACGAUGGAUGGUCUGUCAACGCUCUUUUCACGUCUUUAUGGGAUCAAGUUUGUGCCCGGGACCGUCCAGCCAGGAGAGACGUGGCAUGAUGAUGUUCAGAAAUUGGAUGUGGUGGACGAGCAUGAGGGACUUAUUGGAACCAUCUACUGCGAUCUAUACGGACGUUCGAGUAAACAGUUGAAUGCUGCCCAUUAUACCGUACGCUGUUCACGGCGAGUGGAUGAUGAUGAUGAAGAACAUGAUAUUGCAGAGGGAAUGGUGUUGCGUGAAGGAAUCGAGCUUGCAAUGGCGGAUCCUGGUGUUCGUAUGGUUGGUAAAGAAGGACGGUACCAACUUCCACUGGCUGUGUUAUCUUGUGGAUUUUCUAGACCUGCAGGAGGUAAACCAGCAUUGCUAAGCUGGGUGGAGGUCGAAACGCUCUUUCAUGAGAUGGGACACGCUAUGCACUCCAUGAUUGGAAGAGCAGACUACCAUAAUGUGGCCGGAACAAGGUGUCCAAUCGAUUUUGUAGAGAUCCCAUCGAUCUUGAUGGAGCACUUUUUGGCAGAUCCUGCAGUCCUAGGACUAUUUGCAACUCAUCAUCAGACAGGGGCACCCUUACCAGCAGGACUAUUGAUGGCUCACCAGGCUAAUAGGUCGACCUUCCAGGCCAUUGAGUUGCAUUCUCAAAUGUCGAUGGCCAUGCUAGAUCAACUGUACUACUCACCGAUCGUUGGCGAGGCUUCAUUUAAUUCGACAAAAAGUUUGGAAGACUUACAGAGGGCUAUUGGAGUAGUACCGCCGGUACCAGGGACUGCCUGGCAGACAGGAUUUGGGCAUUUGUAUGGGUAUGGAGCUGGGUAUUAUUCGUAUUUACUUGGAAGGACCGUAACAGGCCAAAUAUGGAAUAAAGUAUUCAGAUCGUCACCAACGUCAAGGAAAGCUGGAGAGAGGCUGCGGGAACAUGUCCUCAAAUGGGGCGGAGGUAAGGACCCCUGGGAAUGUCUUGGAGGCCUACUAGCAGACGAGCGACUGACGAAGGGUGAUCAAGAAUCUAUGAGGAUAGUAGGUGACUGGGGUACGCGGAAGAGCAAUUGAGCCUGGGUUUUUGGCCCUGGUUGUAUAGUUUUAUGAGAUUAAACCCGACCAUGGUUGUAUAAAUACUAAAUAACCAUUUCGACUAAAAAAUAAGCCUCCAAAGCUCAACUUUUCGUUUUGACAAAGACGACACAAGAUGACUCCUUUCGUUGGAGCCAUAGAGUAUGAAAGACGCAUCGGCCAAUCAUCGUAUGUGCGCAUGAGAAAUAAAUGAAAAAAGUCAAACAGUCACCCACAGACAAGCU